AGGGUUCGGAAAGGUGGGGCAUUGGCCGGAUGGGAGCCUCUCGCCAUUGCUCAGCGGCAGCAAAAAGUAGUAGUCGCCGCUGAGGGCGCUAGUCGGCUCGCCACCAUGAGGGGAUCUCUGUCUCGGCUGUUGCUGCUCGCGUUGCUGGCCUUCCCCACCGCCCUGUUCCACGGAGGCGCCCGCAGUGGCUCCGGUUCUACCUUGCUAGUAGCUGCUCAGGAUGCCACAGAAGAAGAGGAAACAAUGGAAGAUACAGUAGUUGAAGAUGAAGAUGAUGAAGCUGAAGUUGAGGAGGAUGAACCCACAGAGUUGACAGAAGAGAAAGAGGAAGAUGACCUGUCAGGAGAACCUAAAGCUUCACCCAAUGCUGAUACUACUAUCUUAUUUGUGAAAGGAGAAGAUUUUCCAGCAAACAACAUUGUGAAGUUUUUGGUAGGCUUCACCAACAAAGGUACAGAAGACUUCAUUGUGGAAUCACUAGAUGCUUCCUUCCGGUACCCUCAAGAUUAUCAGUUCUUCAUUCAGAAUUUCACAGCUCUUCCUCUGAACACAGUUGUUCCACCACAGAGACAAGCCACAUUCGAAUACUCUUUCAUUCCUGCAGAGCCUAUGGGUGGCCGGCCCUUUGGACUAGUCAUCAAUCUGAAUUACAAAGACCAAAACGGGAAUUUUUUCCAAGAUGCUGUCUUCAAUCAAACUGUUACAAUUAUUGAAAAAGAGGAUGGCUUGGAUGGUGAAACGAUUUUUAUGUAUAUGUUCCUUGCUGGACUUGGCCUUCUCGUGAUUGUUGGUCUGCAUCAGCUGUUAGAAUCUAGAAAGAGAAAAAGACCAACUCAAAAGGUAGAGAUGGGGACAUCAAAUCAGAAUGAUGUUGACAUGAGUUGGAUUCCUCAAGAAACUUUAAAUCAAAUCAACAAAGCUUCACCAAGGCGGUUGCCCCGCAAAAGGGCACAAAAGAGAUCAGUAGGGUCUGAUGAAUAAUUAUUGUUGGUACAAUCAGCCUUUACUUACCCAGCCAUCCAACCCCUCCCUCUUGUGUUUGCUUGAAUUGGGAGUUGUGCUGAAAAGCCAUAUCAACUGAAGAGAAUACUAUGAAACAUUUGGACUCAGCAUUUGAGUUGUGUUCAGAGAACAUUACUAAAAAUGCACUUCUUGUUCCUUUUAAGAAACUUUUAAUUAAGAAUCAUUGUGCUAUCAGAAAUGUGCCUUUAGAGUCUUUUCAUAAUACUGAUCUGUCAUCUGCACGCCUUUGUUUCUGAUUUUUUUGGUCAGAACUGCAAAUGUUUCCUAUCCUAUUCUUAUUGUAUCCUGUUGUAUAAAAAGGUCUUUAUGCAUUUUCCUAUCUCUCCAAAGUCAUUGAGCUCAUUCUUUGCUACUUGUAUGCAACUACUUUUUUGGUAUGCAUGCUAAAUCUGUCAUAAAGCACUGAACUGCAUUUUGUGUAGCUAGUAUUCUAAAGGCACAAGCAGGGGUAACUGCUUUUAGCAGUCUAGGUUUUUUUAAAAAAAAACCGCUGCUGCUGUUUGACAAAACGCACACUGAAUAUGAGAUCCCCAAUAUUCAUUCUUGCAUAUAUGUCAAGGGGAUUUCUGUAGCAGCAGAAUUUGAAGUAUGGAAUGUUUGCUCACUUUGGCAUUUAACAUCCCUUUUAUUGCAAUAUAAUUGUACAUCUGUAUAAAUUGUUAGUAGUUUGACUUUAGUCAACAGAUCUGGUGGCAGCCAGAUGCAUUUCUUUGGAAUGCUAAGUCUAAUGGUUACAAAUUGAGCCUCGUCAGUAUACCUGUAGGAACUUUCUCAUCACUUGGAAACCUAAUCAUGGAUAGAAAAAUGCAUUAAUUCUAAGGUAAAGCUGGAUACAAGGUAUGCUGGAUACAUUUUACUCUCAUGAAGGUGUCUGGGCAACAGCUUACAAGGUGUACAACAGAAGUGUGCUCUUAUGUUCCCAUGUUUGAUGAUUGUAUACAAAAGAAUAAGUUCUGAAAUGACAGUAAAAACAUAAAUUAAUAAUUUUA